CUCAGCGGGAAGGGGAGGUGGGGGCCAGGAACAGACGUGAGCCCCCAUGCAUGUGACGUGUGGGAGCGGAUGAUGUCUGAGGCUGGAGGGGCCGGCAGCAGUCGGAGAGGCGGGGGCUCUGAAGGAAUGAUCACUCUGUGGCGCACACUCUGCAUCUGCCUCGUGACCGUGACCAGCGUGCCAGCGGCCAGGCACCGCCUCGCAGCACCAGAAAGAAGAACGCCAGGAGCAGAGUCUAUGGGAAGACAGCGUACCUUACUGGAGGAGUUUGUGCUCAGCAGUGGAGACACCCUGGAGCUGUCUUGCAACACUCAGGGUUCCUCGCUGGCUACCAAAUGGGUGAAAGACGGACUUGACAUUGUGCCUAGCAACAGGAGCCAAGUGGAGCAGAGACUACUAAAAAUCAUCAACAUUUCCUACGACGACUCCGGGCUCUACAUUUGCAAGUUUUUGCAGACCCAUGAGAUUCUGAGCAAUUUCACAGUGAGAGUCACUGACUCGUUUUCCUCAGGCAAUGAUGAAGACGAUGAUGAUGGUUCUGAUGACACAGGAGCUCCGUACUGGGCACGCCCUGACCGGAUGGAGAAGAAGCUUCACGCGGUCCCAGCGGCUAACACUGUUCGUUUCCGCUGCGCUGCUGCGGGGAACCCGACCCCCACCAUUCACUGGCUGAAGAACGGGAAGGAAUUCAAGGGAGAACACCGGAUUGGCGGCAUCAAGCUCCGGCACCAGCAGUGGAGUUUGGUGAUGGAGAGCGUGGUGCCCUCGGACCGAGGCAAUUACACCUGUGUGGUGGAGAACAAGUAUGGCCGCAUCACACACACCUACCAGCUGGACGUGCUCGAGCGCUCUCCCCAUCGGCCGAUCCUGCAGGCGGGGCUACCGGCCAACCAGACGGUGGUGGUGGGCAACGACGCGGAGUUCCACUGCAAGGUCUUCAGUGACGCUCAGCCUCACAUCCAGUGGCUCAAGCACGUGGAGGUGAACGGCAGUAAGGUGGGGCCGGACGGGACGCCCUACGUCAUGGUCUUGAAAUCGUGGAUAAGUAAUACAGCUGAAGCGAACGUUAAGCUCCUUCUUUACAAUGUGACAGAACUGGACCAGGGCGAGUAUCUAUGUCGAGCCACCAAUUUUGUUGGCUCGGCUGAAAAGCCCUUCUGGCUGUACGUCGCUGAACCGAAACCAGCAGAAGAGCUGGUGAAGGAGGAUAACUCGGGGUCAGUCUACGCUGACGUCCUCAUCUACGUAACGGGCUGCGUCCUUAUCAUACUGACUGUCAUCAUAGUCAUUAUGUGCAGAAUGAGGACAUCCUCCAAGAAAGCUCUGAACCCACCUCCGGUCCAGAAACUCUCCAAAUUCCCACUCAAGAGACAGCAGGUGUCCUUGGAAUCCAAUUCCUCCAUGAAUUCCAACACCCCGCUCGUACGCAUCACCCGCCUAUCCUCCAGUGACUCACCCAUGUUGGCCAACGUCUCCGAACUGGAACUACCCGCCGAUCCCAAGUGGGAGUUUCAACGCUCCAGACUGACAUUGGGGAAGCCACUAGGUGAGGGCUGCUUUGGGCAGGUGGUGAUGGCUGAGGCCAUUGGCAUUGAGAGAGAGAAGCCCAACAAACCCAUAACUGUCGCUGUCAAAAUGCUGAAAGAUGAUGCUACUGACAAGGAUCUGUCUGACCUGGUGUCAGAAAUGGAGAUGAUGAAGAUGAUCGGGAAACACAAAAAUAUCAUUAACCUGCUCGGGGCCUGCACACAGGAUGGCGCUCUCUACGUCAUUGUUGAAUAUGCAUCGAAAGGCAACCUGCGGGAGUACCUGAAGGCACGAAGGCCACCUGGCAUGGAUUACUCCUUCCACACCUGCAAGAUCCCAGAUGAGCAGCUGACCUUCAAGGACCUGGUGUCCUGUGCCUACCAGGUGUCUCGUGGCAUGGAGUAUCUGGCCUCCCAAAAGUGCAUUCACCGGGACCUGGCAGCUCGCAAUGUGCUGGUGACGGAUGACAACGUGAUGAAGAUCGCGGACUUCGGUCUGGCCCGGGACGUGCACAACAUCGACUACUACAAGAAAACCACAAACGGUCGUUUGCCUGUGAAGUGGAUGGCCCCAGAGGCUUUGUUUGACCGAGUCUACACUCACCAGAGUGAUGUCUGGUCAUUCGGUGUGAUGUUGUGGGAGACUUUCACACUGGGGGGGUCACCCUAUCCUGGCAUCCCAGUGGAGGAGCUCUUCAAACUGCUGAAGGAAGGGCAUCGAAUGGACAAGCCGGCCAACUGCACACACGAGCUAUACAUGAUCAUGAGAGAAUGCUGGCACGCUAUACCAUCCCAGAGGCCCACCUUCAAGCAGCUGGUGGAGGACCUGGACAGAGUCCUGACGGUAGCAUCGAAUGAGGAGUACCUCGACCUGUCCGCGCCCUUCGAGCAGUAUUCGCCUGCCUGCCAGGAUUCCCAUAGCACUUGCUCCUCGGGAGACGACUCAGUCUUUGCUCACGAUCCCUUGCCCGAGCAACCUUGCCUUCCCAAACACCAGCAGCAGUGCAAUGGUGUCAUCAGGACAUGAAACUGUGCUGAUCAACCAGGCUGACAAUAUUACAUUGAACCAUGGACAGAUCGCAACAGAGAAAACAUAGGACACAAGCAAACUGGUCAAUAUGUCCUGUUUUAUUUUCCCCAUAUGUAUUUGAGCCUUACAUCUUUUAAGUACUGUAUCUAUAUUAUAUAUAUGUUAUAUAUAUAUAACAUAUAUAUUUAUGGGAGGAUUAGUUGAUGGGGGGAGCGAAACUUUUUUAAAAACAAAAUAAUAAUAAUUCUUGAAUAGCUAGAAGCUGAAAUCGAACUUGUUGCAAAAAACCUGGAGGGGAUGAUUUAUUGACCUCAGGCAUUGUGACUCCUACAAGCCACCAAUCUGUGCCUGAGACCAGAACGCAAGCAUUAGAGCAACAGGAAGACUGAAACAAAGCAUUAUUUUUCUUUACGUAUAUAAAAGAGAGAGAGAGAGUGUUUAAAUAGUUUUUAUUUGCGUGAAGCUGCAGAUUUUCAGGACAUUGUGUAAAUAUAUAAAUACGGAUAUGUAUGAUAAUGUUUUUUUAAAAAAGGUUGUAUACUUACAGGUUUGUCUGUUUGAGGAGAGGAGGGGGAGGGGGCGAGAGAAGGACUGGGGAAUGGGGGGGAGAAGAGAAAAAGAUUCACUGCUCAUUAUAACUACAAGGGGAGAGGACAUGAUUCCUACAGUCAUCACAGUCUAGGGCAUUUAGUAUUAAUCGUUUAAAGAAACUCAUUCCACAAGGGGUUAAAUUAAUUACAAAAAUAAUUAUUUGCAACCUGAUUAGCAUAUUGUAUAUUUGUAAAGUUGUUUAUAGACAUUUAACAUAUCUUUUUUUUGGUUAAGAGAUUUAUAAGAAUACAGCUUACUUACCCGGUCACUGUACACACCUUUAGUAACGUAACCUAGGUUCUGGAUUUAUUUUGUGUUUAUUAAUAAAUUUUAAUUUUAAUUUAUUACCCGUAAAAUUGACUAGAGGCGCCGCAGAGCCAGGUUUUUCCGAGAAGCAAGGAUUAGCGGCCAGUUUUGAAAGGCCAUGUGGGGACAGAGUGCGUGAAAUUUUAUUUGAUUUCAGAUUGCAAUGAUUUUUUUUGCUGCUUUAGGAUCUCGAUUCCGUAACUCUUUGGUUUCUCUGCAAUAUAACAAGCCAUGGUUUUGCUUUUUGGCUGACUUGUGUUUACGUUUCACAAGAAGAAAGUAUGGGGCGAAGGGGGCACAGAGAGAGUGUUAGUGUGCAUGAGUGUGUUCCCUAACUGCCUCAUGUUCCCCCUCCCAUUCUCUCCCAUCUCCCCUUCAUCCCUUCCCAGCCCUCUCUCCCUCCUCUCGUUCCCUCCUUCCCCCCUUUCCACCUAGCCUCUCGUUUCCUCCCCAAUUCCUCUCUGUCCUCCCCCUCACACACAGACAAACCUUCGCCCCAUUGGACCUGCGAAAAAGUCAGCCCUGCAAACAUAUGCACAAACUUGGUCCCUCUCCCACCACUGUUUGUGGGACAUCACUGUGAGCAAUUGUCUGCCACGUUUUGCCCACAAAAUAGACAGUCAAAUCCACUUUACAGUAUAUUCUGUGAAGCGCUUUGAGAUGUUGCGACAAUGUGAUAAGGAGCUAUAUCAAGUACAAGAGUUAUUAUUAUGGGGACAUCCGUCACUCCUUCCCACUGUUAAACUGCGAGGUAAUGAUCACAGAUGUCCUCGUUGUACCUUCAACCCUCCCCCCCCAAAAAAAAAUCUUGCAGUCUCCUCCCAUCAUCAAGGAAGUGUGUAAUGAUU